UGCGGCAGAUGAAGCUGGUGAAAGGUCUGCAGCCCCUGGAAUUCCCUGAGAAGGGAACUGUCACCUUUUCGGUGGAGGUGUCCCAUGAGGAUGUGGAAGGGACUUGGCAGAAGGACGGCGUGCGGCUGAAGCCUGCACCAAAUAUCACGAUGGAUUCAGAAGGCCAUAAUCAUUCAGGAGGCUCGCACUGUGACCAGAGACCUCAUUCCCAACUAAAUCCACAUCCUUCUUUCUCCUUCUCAGAAUUGCCUGUGAAAAUCAGCAAACCAUUGGCAGACAUUAGCGUCACUCAGAAGGACAAGGUCACAUUUGAGUGUGAGCUGUCCAGGCCCAACGUGGACGUCAAGUGGUUCAAGUGUUUCACAGCUGGAGAUAUCAAGAUUGUUAAAGCACUGGAAGAUGUGGAAGUGAAUGAAUAUGGGAGUGCAUCUUUUGUCUGUGAGAUUUCACACGAUGAGGUUCAGACCCAGUGGUACAAAGAUGACAACAAGCUGAAGGCUGAUGACAACAUCAGAAUGCGGCAAGAUGAUUACCAUAUACAAAUCACCAGGAAGUUGGAGGACAAGACAGCUUUGGAACGUCAUUCUGUCAUCCUGUCCUGUGACUUCAGGCCUUCUCCAAAGGUUGUGAAAUGGUUCAAGGGCCACACACCCAUCGAGCCCUCUGAGAAGUACAAGAUCAAGAGGGAUAAGCAUUCAGCAGAGCUCAAGAUUCUGAAGCUGAAGCCCGAUGAUGCUGGUGUGUACAAGUGCAAGGCAGGAAUUGCAGAGACUGAGGCCACGCUGACAGCUGAAGCCCGCAAUGUAGAAGUAACGAAGCACCUGCAGGAUGUGAAAUUGAAGAAGAGAGCUCUGCUGUCUUCUCCUGCGAGCUGUCCCAUGAUGACGAGGACGUGGAAUGGUUCCUGAAUGGCAACCUCCUUUACACCAACAAUUACAAUGACAUCAAGAACGUUGGCAAUUGCUGCACACUGACAAUGAAGCAGGUUAAGCCUGAGGAUGCUGGCACAGUGACAGUGAAGUCAGACAAGGUGUCAGAAAGCGCACCUGAAGGUGAUAGG